CCCUCCGCGAACACCAAAGUUUAGCCACGAAGUCAAAAAAAACUUUCCUCCCUGUCUUGUUGCGCAACUUGUCGUUUUCUUGCCUUUGCAGCCAGUUUCUGCUUUUCGGUGGCUUUAGCCUAAUCUUCAGCCAGUCUGACCUGGAAAGGAUAGUUUCAGUGGAGUCAAAACAAAUGCGUAGUCGUCGUGCAGGGUUGUGUAAAGUGUGAGUGCACCAGGCUCCCCGGACCGCUCCCUUCGUUACAAGCUGUGGGAUAUCAAACAGGUCGUUGGACUAUACGCAGUUCUCACUUUUGCUUCCUUUUACUCUCGAAACGAAAGCGGCUAAAUUUUGCUUCAGCGAAAAGAAAAUGGCUAGAAUGCUGAGCAAGGACCUUCCGGAUAUCGAGAGUAUACUGACCCUAAACCCGAGGGUGAAGAGCCAUGCUGCUCUCUGCUCUACUGCAGCCAAGAAAGCUGAGAAGAAACACUGGAAAAGAAAUUCAGAAAAGGGCUGUGAUAGCUGCGUGGAGCUGGAGAACAAUUUUGAUGACAUCAAACACACGACCCUGAGUGAGCGUGGAGCACUUUGGGAAGCCAUGAGAUGUCUGAAGUGUGCUGACGCGCCCUGUCAGAAGAGCUGCCCCACUAACCUUGACAUAAAGGCCUUCAUCACCAGCAUCGCCAACAAGAACUAUUACGGGGCAGCAAGGGCCAUCCUGUCGGAUAACCCACUGGGCCUGACCUGCGGGAUGGUGUGUCCCACCUCGGACCUGUGCAUGGGCGGCUGCAACCUCUUGGCCUCCGAGGAGGGGCCCAUCAACAUCGGAGGCCUGCAGCAGUUUGCCAUUGAGGUCUUCAAUAAGAUGGGUAUUCCUCAGGUGAGGAAUCCUAAUCUCCCACCUCCGGAGGAGAUGCCUGACAGCUACCACUCGAAGAUAGCUCUGAUUGGCUGCGGUCCUGCCAGCAUCAGCUGUGCCUCUUUCCUGGCCAGGCUUGGCUACGAUAACAUCACAAUUUUCGAGAAGCAGAACUAUGUCGGCGGACUGAGCUCCUCCGAGAUCCCUCAGUUCCGCCUGCCCUACGAGGUGGUUCAGUUUGAGCUGGAUCUGAUGAAAGACCUGGGAGUGAAGGUGGUGUGUGAGAAAAGUCUUGGCCAGGGCGGGAUGACCCUGCGCUCGCUAAGGGAGGAGGGCUACCAAGCCAUCUUCAUUGGCAUAGGUUUACCUCAAGCUAACAAGCACAGGAUCUUUGAAGGUCUCUCUAUGGAGCAGGGAUUUUAUACCUCCAAGGAUUUUCUCCCACUAGUUGCCAAGGCCAGUAAACCAGGGAUGUGCUCCUGCCGCUCGCCUCUGCCCCAGCUGUAUGGGCGCGUGGUGGUCCUGGGCGCGGGUGACACCGCCUUCGACUGCGCCACCUCCGCACUGCGCUGUGGAGCUCGCCGCGUCUAUGUGGUCUUCAGACGUGGCUUCACCAACAUCCGCGCCGUCCCAGAGGAGAUGGAGCUGGCUAAGGAGGAGAAGUGCGAGUUCCUGCCCUUCAUGUGCCCGAAGGAGGUCAUGCUGAAGGGAGGCCGUGUACAUGCCCUGGAGUUCUGCCGGACUGAGCAGAUGGACGAGGGCGAGUGGGUGGAGUACCCAGAGCAGGUCAUCCGCCUGAAAGCUGACUUCAUCAUCAGUGCGUUCGGCUCUGGGCUGACCGACCAGACAGUGAGGGAGGCCAUGGCUCCCAUCAGGUUAAACAGAUGGGGACUUCCUGAGCUGAACCCAGAGACCAUGCAGUGCAGUGAGCCGUGGGUAUUUGCUGGGGGCGACGUGGCUGGCUUAGCCAACACCACCGUGGAGUCAGUCAACGAUGGCAAGCAGGCCUCCUGGCACAUCCACAAAUACUUACAGGCCCUUCAUGAGCAGACGAUUGGUGGCGAGCCACAACUUCCCCUUUUCUACUCACCCGUGGACUCCGUGGACAUCAGCGUGGAGGUGUGCGGGAUGACGUUCUCCAACCCGUUCGGCCUGGCCAGUGCCACACCCACCACCAGUGCCACCAUGAUCCGCCGGGCCUUCGAAGAGGGCUGGGCGUUCGCGCUCACCAAGACCUUCUCCUUGGAUAAGGAUCUGGUCACCAAUGUGUCGCCUCGAAUCGUCCGUGGAACAACGUCAGGCCCUGUUUACGGCCCGGGCCAGGGCUCCUUCCUCAACAUUGAGCUGAUCAGCGAGAAGACCGCAGCCUACUGGUGCCAAGCUGUGACCGAGCUUAAAGCGGACUUCCCCAAGAAUAUUAUCAUUUCCAGCAUAAUGUGCAGCUACACCAAAAAUGAUUGGACUGAGCUUGCCAAAAUGGCAGAGGCUUCUGGAGCUGAUGCCCUGGAGCUGAAUCUGUCCUGCCCUCAUGGAAUGGGCGAGAGGGGUAUGGGACUGGCCUGUGGGCAGGAUCCAGAAUUGGUGCGGAACAUCUGCCGUUGGGUUCGACAAGCUGUCAAGAUCCCCUUCUUCGCCAAGCUGACCCCCAGUGUCACCAGCAUUGUGGACAUCGCCAGGGCUGCUCAGGAAGGUGGUGCAGAUGGCGUCACCGCUACCAACACGGUCUCAGGCCUGAUGGGACUGAAGGCAGACGGCUCUCCCUGGCCUGCCGUCGGCCGGGACAAGCGCACCACAUAUGGCGGCGUGUCUGGCAAUGCCAUUCGUCCAAUUGUUCUGAAAGCAGUGAGCGCCAUAGCAAGAGCCUUGCCUGCCUUUCCCAUUCUGGCCACCGGGGGCAUCGACUCAGCUGAGUCUGGCCUGCAGUUCCUCCAUGUCGGAGCCUCUUUACUGCAGGUGUGUAGUGCGGUGCAGAAUCAGGACUUCACAGUGAUCGAUGACUACUGUACCGGACUGAAAGCUCUGCUGUAUCUGAAGAACAUUGAGGAGCUGCAGGACUGGGACGGUCAGUCUCCGCCCACUGCCCGGCACCAGAAGGGCAAGCCUGUGCCCACACUGGACGCGCUGGUGGGCAGGAGACUACCCAAUUUUGGUCCAUAUCUCCAAGAGAAGAAACUGGCCAUAGCACAGUCCAAACAGAAUCAGUCAAAUCCCAGCAACAUCGCACUUCCUUCGAAUGGCUCGAGGAUCAACCAGCCUAAGAAACCUGUACCAGCCAUUAAGGAUGUGAUCGCUCAGGCUCUGAAGUAUGUGGGAGCGUACCAGGAGCUCGACAACCAGGACCAAGUGCAGGCUCUCAUUGAUGAGGAGAUGUGCAUCAACUGUGGAAAGUGUUACUUGGCCUGUAAUGACUCCGGCUACCAGGCCAUUACGUUUGACUGUGAGACCCAUCUUCCCAUGGUGCAAGACAGCUGCACAGGCUGCACGCUCUGCCUCAGCGUUUGUCCCAUCAUCGACUGCAUCAGAAUGGUUGCCAGGACGACGCCCUAUGCGCCAAAGAGAGGCCUCCCUCCAGCCAUCCCACCCGUAUCCUAAAUGAGAGAGAUGGAGAGAGGAAACGAGAGAGAGGGAAUGUGGAAGAAUAAAACAAUGACCAAACGUCUACAUAACAGCAUUGAUUUCUGUUCAUAAUUGCACUGUGAAAAAUGACCUUUGUUGUGAGGGGAAAAAAAGCAAAUAAUUAGUUUUGAGAAAUAAUUGCCUUAUAUUCUGAAGCCAAUUAUCCAGAAAUAAUCGUGCGGGUGAAAACAGUUGCGUUAUUUCAAAACAAUAGUGGGGCUACGUGUUGUCGUAGAGUUCAUUCGCUUCUUUCCGUCGGGGCUACGCUAAUGAGAAUGAAGAGGGGGGACUGGAAUAAUGGAUGUUUAUGAUGGCCCAGGGAGCUGAUGUCAUCACUGCCUGCUGUAUCUCCUGACAGAGUACAGUGACACUUCAUCCUGCAAGCUAUCUGGUCAAAUGAGACAUUAUGCAGACAGGAAAUUAUCAGACGUACAACAGAUAGUAAUGAAGACAGAUGAAUAGCGAAUGGUAUGGCCCACAAAACAUUUUCAAUAUGCAGUUGCCUUACUUACAUUAUCGCUUUACUUUAACUCAAAGAACCAGUACACUGGUGUAACUCAGCAGAUGCUUUUUUUUUUCAGUUAUCCAUUAAUUUUGAAACCAACUUUUGAUGUUUAAGUUACUCACUAACAUUUACAAACUUUAUAAGAGUACUAGCACCUUUUGAUAUGUUGACUAGUAAGUGGUAAUUCUGAGAGCUGGCUUGCUUGUGUUAUACAGUGAACGUCAUGAGGAAAGGUCAGCAUUGACUGUCUCUGGGUCAUUAGAUAUGAAGACUAGCUGUGAUUCAUUCUGGACCCUAAAGGUCAACUCUGACCACUUCUAUCUCAAUAAAUCCAGCGCCCUCGCAUCUGUGCGCUCUUCACACUCGCCUGGUCGCUCCUGCAGACGGGCGUUAAUGUGGCGUCUGUAACACGGCGCCCAUGUGUCGACAGCGCCAUAUACCUGUCCCCACUGAAGGCUUUAUGCCACUGUUCCAGGUCAGCACUACAAAAUGUUACUGCACAAGAGCAGGAUGUGUCGACGAGCUGUCAUGCUGAGGCCUUCUGAGAAUUAUUCUGCCAUAGAAUCCUGAUUUCCACUGUGUGACACAGUAAUUCAGAUGAUAUCUGUAUGUACUAAAUGACUAACUCUUAGAAGUAAGUAAAGCAGUAUUACAUUAGUAAAAAGGAAUUUCUAAUUGAAAUAAUUGUAUGCAUUACGUGUUUCAAGAAUCAAUAUUCAUGUUAAUAAAAAGGUCAGUUUGGCAA